AAGUCUGAAUUUCUACUGUAGUUGGACGUAUUGCUUUUGAGUCUUUGAUUGCCCGUCCCUCAUUGCGAUUCUUGUCUAUACCUCGUGUGUGUUCCUGAUGGCGUCACCGUCGUCAUCGUCGUCUCCGUUGCAGUCUCCCUUGUCUAUCAGGUCCAAGUUCAACUCGUCUAACUCGGACUUAGCGGGGAAUCGUUGGCAUCUGAAUUGCUUCCGUUGCAAUACGUGCGGCACCCUCCUCGAUUCCGAUGCGAACCUACUCCUUCUCGGUGAUGGCUCUCUCAUCUGUAACAACUGUACAUACAGCUGCAGCGCGUGUGGCAACAAGAUCGAAGAUUUGGCCAUACUUACGGGAGACCAGGCCUUCUGUGCAACGUGUUUCCGAUGCCGAAACUGUAAGAGAAAGAUAGAGAACCUGCGAUAUGCGAGGACGUCGCAGGGGAUUUUCUGCAUGAGCUGCCACGAGUCUCUGAUGGCAAGGCGGAGGAAAAAAUCCAAAGCGGCAGCCCAGGCCAAAGCGCGAGAAAAAGAAGGAUCACCCAUGGUUGUAGACAAGAGUCUACCUGCGCUCCCACCGAAUGCCAUACCGAAUGGCGCUUUCUCCAAUGAUCGUGUCGAGCCAGAGUCUGACACCCCUACCGAGCUGUCUCCCCGACCGCGUCCCACGUAUCAACACCAUGAUUCUUCCUCAAGGAGCAGUUCGAGACCGGCCCGAUCACCCGAACGACCGUCUAUUGAACAUGGCCUGAAGGAGAGCGGUUUGCCCCUGCCAGGAAGCUACCGCAACAAUCGUAACUCGUCAAUAUUCUCGGGUGCCGAUAACGUCAAUAACACUGGAGGUGGUGGUGGGGACGACCAAGGCUUCUUCAUCCCUGUGGCCCUGGACCCAAGUCCAGCCCCAUCAGCCACCCCGAGGUCAACAUCUGAGACAUUUAACACAGACCCCAGCAGGAGGACGAAGGAGAAGGAUUAUUUCAGCAUCUCCAAGAACGGACCCGCGCCGGACAGAAGAGCCGAGUCCCAGACGUCCACUCCUCAUAUCGCCUUUCAGGAAAAGGGGCGCCAACCAUCAUCUGAUUAUGAAACCUCGCCUGUAAAGGAUCUAAGUAGGAAGUUGUCGAAAUCGUCGCGCCAAGAAAAGGUUGCGCAGCCGAGGACUUCUGAGGAUCGAUCGCAGAAGGCGACCAACGGCAAAUUCUCGGCAAAUGAAGAAUUCAAGUUGCAGGAAGCCCCAAAGAGUAAAAGGUUGAAUAACAGAAGCGGUUCUCAGUCCAGCGGAUUGCAAGAUGUUGGUUCACGCAACAGCCAGGGCUCUGGGUGGAGGGACAAAGAUGGUUCAUCCAACGUCCCGCCGCCGAGUGCCGACUCAGCAAAGCAACAGCAAAGCAGUGAUAAGUCGGGCACCCCUCGCAGUUCUCAAGACUCCCGUUUCCAGGACGAUGAUGAGGUCCGCUCCAACGACUCCUCACUUGCAUCUUCUGCGAAUCCAAAGUCCAUCACAAGGAAAGAAGUACCACAGGGUGCUUCUCGCAUGCAAAAUCUGAACGGCAAACCUAACUCAGCAACCCAUUCAAAGUCAAAGGGUUCGGAAGACCUUACUCCCCCAGGCCUCCCACCACGACCCAGCUUUGAUCAGAAGCUCAGUGACACGUAUAUGGCACCACGGGCACCACCUGUGCCUCCCAGUCGUGCUGCUGCUGCUGCUGGAAAAGAAUUGAACAUGGGUGACACAACUGAUUCUAAGGCUGAUGCCAAGCUCCCCAGAUGGAGUGCUGGCGGUGGUGAGUUGGGCUUGGAAGAGGAUAUGGCGCGUAUCUUGGGAACAGACGAGGGGUCCUCGUCCAUCAUGAGGCGGGUCUCCACUGCGGUUCGCCACGGUAGGACCAACAGCGCUGAACAAAGCAACAACCCUGCUCGCGUUAUUCACACCCGGAGUGUGAGCGAAUCUACACGCACCACUUCGUCGCCUCGCUGGCCCAAGACGCCAAUUGCUGAGGAUCCCCUGAAUGGACUUACACACGACCUCGCGAGCAUCUCCCUAGCUCCUAGUGAGGAUGCUGGUCUAUUGAAGCGUCGUCUGAGAAAUUCGGAGCAGAGAGUAGCCGAGCUUGAGCGCCAAUUUACUGGCGAGAAAGACCUUAAGAAUAUUGACGAAAGGCUGGAAGAAAAACGAAAGACGGUUUCGGUACUGGACACCCAGGCGGAGCUCAUGAUUCGCCAGAUCGAAGUGUUGGCUGGCUUCGUCGAGCGGGCCAAGGAAUCGAAGCGACCGAUUGAUCCCAGGGAGCUUGAAGAUUCGGCUAUUAAGGAAUUUGUCCAGAAGCUGGACCGACUGAAGGCCUCGAUGGCGGCCAAUCUCGAGCAGCUUCAUUGCGAGCGAGAUGAGCUGAUGGACGAAAAGAUGAGGGCAGUUGCAGAGCGCGACCGCGCUCUCUUGGAGUUCGAACAACUAUCCUCGAAGAAUGCGCAGCUUGCUGAUAUGAACAACGACCUGACGCACCAGAUCCAGGAGAAGUUCAAGAGCAACACAGAUCAGCAGCGAUCCCCCAUGAGUGGGUUGGGCAUUUACAAUCAGCACAAGGGUACUUCCAACCAUUCGGUGAGCUUGGAUAGCAACAGCAUCCAAACGGGUACUACUUUGAUCCCGGACCAGGAAGAGCCCAUCGUCGAGACGGGACCUACCGUUGUCAACAUCCGCAAAGGCAAGGUGCAAAAGUUCAGCUGGAAGAAGGGCGGCAAAACCAUGGCUCAGAACAUCGCCAAGGGUGUCAACCGAACCGUCAUGGGAUUGCAGGAGCCUCGCGAUCGCCGAGAACACCAGGGCUUAACAGGCGAAAACAUUGGGAUGCCCUACAACAUGACGCACACUGUGGUCGAGUCCCCAGCGGGCCCAAGCCCGAUGAACAAUAUGAAUGCCAUGAAUGCCAUGAAUGGUCAGAAUCGACAACAGCAAGCGGAACGUGAGCGACAAGGCUUCUUCGGCUUCAAAAAGGCGCCGACAACAAUGCCAAAGACGCUUGGCCCAAUGAAUGCCUCGACGCACACCAUCGCCGAGGCGGCUUCCGUACUGUUUGGGUCCGAGCUGUCCGAGCGUGCUGACUAUGAACGAAGACACAUUCCCUGUGUCGUCACCCGCUGCAUUGAGGAAGUGGAACUCCGCGGAAUGGAUAUGGAAGGCAUCUACCGCAAGACGGGCGGCAACUCUGCCGUUAAGAUGAUCCAGGAAGGGUUUGACAAGAACGAGAAUUUUGAUAUAUCGGACCCGGACAUCGACAUCACGGCAGUCACUAGUGUGCUGAAGCAAUACUUCCGAAAGCUGCCCACGCCUCUCUUGACCUACGAUGUCUACGAUCGCAUUCUCGAGACCAACACCAUCAUGAACGACGGCGAGAAGGUUGCCCAUCUUCGCAAAACCUUCAACGCGCUGCCUCAGAAGCAUCGGGACUGUCUCGAGUUCCUCAUGUUCCAUCUUGCUCGCGUUGCUCAGCGCGAAGCAGAGAAUUUGAUGUCCCCGAAGAACAUUGCUGUCGUCUUCGCCCCUACCGUCAUGAGAGAUACCAACAUUGAGCGAGAAAUGACCGACAUGCACGCGAAGAACAUUGCAGUCCAGUUCAUUAUCGAGAACAGCCACAGGAUAUUUUCCGAGGACUAGGUGUCCAGGAGAAAACCCGUGCCGGUCAGGAUGUAAGGACUUGAACAUCAACAUCAGCCUUUAU